GGGCCCGGAAGUGGGGCGUAAGCCGCUUUAAGCAGCAUGGCUGUGUCUGGCUCUCCCAGGAGGCGACUGGCAGAGUUGACAGUAGACGAGUUCUUGGCCUCGGGCUUUGAGUCGGAGUCGGAGCUGGAGGACAUCAAGGAAGCUGCACCACAGGAAAAAAAAGGACGAAGAAUCAUCUCUAGGGAGCAGCGGAACACCCGCACCUCACCCAGCCUGCAUAAGGGAUGUGCUUCUGAGCACAAAAACCAGCUCUCUCGGCUGAAGGACAGAGACCCUGAGUUCUACAAGUUCCUGCAGGAGAAUGACCAGAGCCUACUGGACUUCAGUGACUCAGACAGCUCUGAGGAGGAAGAGCAAUACCACUCCCUGCCAGACACUCUGGAGGAAGCAAGUGAGACUGAGGAGGAUGGAGGCGAGGACAGUGACACAUUCUCCAGAGGAUUGCAGAGGAAGAAGAAUGAGCCUGUACCUGUGACCCUGGCCAUGAUGGAGAGAUGGAAGCAGGGGGCCAUGCACCACCUUACUCCCAAGCUGUUCCAUGAAGUUGUGCAGGCAUUCCGAGCAGCUGUAGCCACCACGCAAGGAGACCAGGAAGCUGCUGAGACUUGCAGGUUCCAGGUCACAGAUAGUGCUGUGUUCAAUGCUCUGGUUACUUUCUGCAUUAGAGACCUCUUUGGUUGCCUUCAGAAGCUAUUGUUUGGAAAGACACUAAAGGAUAGCAGCAGGAUACUGCUGCCAUCCAGUAGCCCACUGUGGGGGAAGCUCCGUGCAGAUGUCAAGACAUACCUAAGUGCAGUUGUUCAGCUGGUUGCCUCUCUAGCUGAAGCCACAGUGUCUGCAGCUGUCCUGCAACAUGUCAGUAGCUUGGUUCCUUAUUACCUGACUUUCCCUAAGCAGUGCCGAAUGUUGCUCAAGAGGAUGGUGGUUCUGUGGAGUACAGGUGAAGAAUCUCUGCGUGUCCUGGCCUUCCUGGUACUCAUUAGAGUCUGCCGUCACAAGAAGGAAUCUUUCCUAGGUCCCAUUCUAAAGCAAAUGUACAUCAUGUAUGUGAGAAACUGCAAGUUCACCUCUCCUAGUACCCUCCCCCUCAUAAGCUUCAUGCAACGGACACUGACGGAACUGCUUGCCUUGGACCCCAGUGUCUCCUAUCAACAUGCUUUCCUCUACAUCCGCCAGCUUGCAGUCCACCUGCGUAAUGCCAUGACCACAGGCAAAAAGGAGACAUACCAGUCUGUGUACAACUGGCAGUAUGUGCACUGCCUCUACUUAUGGUGCCGAGUCCUGAGUACCCUUGGUUCCAGCGAGGUCCUGCAGCCUCUACUCUACCCUCUUUCACAGAUCAUCAUUGGCUGCAUCAAGUUGUUGCCCACCGCCCGAUUUUAUCCAUUGCGCAUGCAUUGUGUGCGUGCCCUGACACUCCUGUCCCAGACCGCCGGCACCUUCAUCCCUGUUCUGCCCUUCAUUCUUGAGAUUUUCCAGCAGGUGGACUUCAAUAGGCGACCAGGCCGCAUGAGCUCCAGGCCUAUCAACUUCUCUGUCAUCUUGAAACUGUCCAGCACCAACCUGCAGGAGAAGGCCUACCGGGAUGGUCUGCUGGAGCAGCUGUAUGACCUUCUCCUGGAAUACCUGCACAGCCAGGCCCAUAGCAUUGCUUUUCCAGAGUUGGUGCUGCCCACUGUCCUACAGCUGAAAUCUUUUCUCCGGGAGUGCAAAGUGGCUAACUACUGCCGGCAAAUGCGCCAGCUGCUAGAGAAGGUGCAAGAGAACGCAGAAUAUAUCCGAAACCUUCGCCAGAAAGUGACCUUCAGUGUGUCUGACCAGCUGGCAGUGGAUGCUUGGGAGAAGCAGGCCCGUGAAGAGGGGACCCCUCUUACCAGGUACUACAGCCACUGGAAGAAGCUGAGGGACCGUGAGAUCCAGCUGGAGAUCAGUGGCAAAGAGCGGCUAGAAGACCUGAACUUCCCAGAGAUCAAAAGGAGGAAAGUGGAAGACAGGAAGGAUGAAGACAGGAAGGAAUUAAAAGACCUGUUUGAAUUGGACAGUUCUGAGGGAGAGGACAGCACAGACUUCUUUGAGAGAGGAGUACCUGAGCUCCUGGGUGCUCAUCAAGGAAGGAAAGAGGAAGACCAGGAGGAAGAAGAGGCCACCAGCAAUUCAGAGGAUGGAGACCUGGACACAGGGGUGGACCCAAGUGAACUGUGGCAGCUGACUCAGGGACCACAAGAUGAGCUGGAGGAUCUUCAGCUCUCAGAAGAGGACUGAGGGCCUCCUGCCAGGUCCUGGAGGCCUUAAGGCCAACAAUUGUGCAGCAAGAGGGCAGUAGACAGUAGAUAGGGCUUUAUUGUUACAGCACAACAGAACAAGUGUACUGAGAGUUGUUUUGACCCUGAAAGGUCACCUGGCUCUGCAGAGCCUUCUGCUGCCCAAGUAGGAGGCUGACCCUGACCUGCAGAGUAGUCCCAGUUCAGAGUGGGGAGGGUGGCUUCAUGGCCUGUCCACUUUGUCUGUCUUUGGUUUGUUUGCAGACCUCUGCAGUUACACCUAGAAGGUAAAUACAUUACUUUCUUCUUAAGCCACAUUAAAAAAAAAUAUUCUUGG